UUUGUUUGAAGGAGUUAUCGUAGCCAAAGACUGGACCGAAUUUCCCCGGAAAGAGUGGCUCACCAAAAAGGUUUCAAACUAAUAUAAUAUUUUAUAGACCCAUAUGAGAGAAAGCCACUUGUUUAAAGCAUUUAAAAGGCGCGUAGCUGCUUGAUGCAUUACCAUCAACAUGUUAGGGCAUUAUCCAAACGUGGAAAAAGCGCAGCUUGUCAGCUACGUGGAGGAUUAUUUGGAAUGUGUUGAAUCACUGCCUUUGGAUAUUCAGAGGAAUGUUUCGUUGUUACGAGAGAUCGACACGAAAUAUCAAGAAGUCCUCAAGGAGGUGGAUGAGAUUUAUGAAAAGUACAAAAAGGAGACUGACAGUGGGCAGCGCAAGCGGCUGCAGAUUCAGUUGCAGCGAGCUCUUAUCAGCAGCCAGGAGCUUGGAGAUGAGAAAAUCCAUGUGGUCACACAGAUGAUGGAGGUGGUAGAGAACCGCUCGCGUCAGAUUGAGGCUCACUCACCUUGCUUCUUAGAGCCAGGAGAGACAGAGCGACCUGCAGAGAAGGUGAAACAUGAUCCUGGAAGCACCUCUGCAAAUGUUUUGCCCGAGCGCUCUUCGACACGGCGACCCAGACGUCAGCGCAAUAGUGAGAGCCGUGACACUUGUCACGGUGCCAACGGUGCCCUGGAGAACCUGGGUGAGGAGCCUCCACAACAGCCCAGAGAGAAAAAGUCCAAGUCGGCCAAGAAGAAGAAGCGCUCCAAGGCCAAGCAAGAGCGAGAAGCAUCACCAGUGGAGUUCACCAUCGAUCCCAACGAGCCCACCUACUGCCUCUGUGAACAGGUGUCCUAUGGGGAGAUGAUUGGCUGCGACAAUGAGCAAUGUCCUAUUGAGUGGUUCCACUUUUCCUGUGUUGGACUCACCUACAAACCCAAGGGUAAAUGGUAUUGCCCCAAAUGCAGGGGCGACAGUGAAAAAACUAUGGAAAAAAGUGCAGAUAGGGCCAAGAAGGAUAGGCGGUCCAGGUAGUGCCUUACAGAAGAUGUGCUAUGAGAAUAUUGGAGAUAGUUUAAGUGAAAAUAUGCCUGUAUGGAGAUUGGCAAUUUUUGUGUUUAACUUAUGUUAAAAGGUUCUCCUCGUGCACUUAGCCUGAAAAGUUUCCAAACAGGUGCUGUUGUUGCAAAGCAUUAGGAUGGAUGGUUAAAAAGACCAACAGUUUUCAUUAACCCCGGAAAUACCGAUGUUUAAGAUACUGCCACACGUGUCCCUAAGACUAUGAAGAGUUCUUUUCUAAACUUUUUUCCUAUUAUUUGUUGGUUUCAGACAGUAAGCCUCGAGAGUUUAUAUUUUGGAGGCAAAAUGCACAGGGUUUGAUGAACAUUAUGUCCACACCUUCCUUUUGCAUUUCUGAUUCUUUCAUUCCACAUUUUAGCAAAUGUAAAUGAAAACAUGCCUCCGAAAUGUCUUCCAGUGAGAGAAAUAAUUCAUUUUCUUUGUUACAAUCUUGGAGUGAUGUUUUUGUUAAAAAUUAUUUUGAAGUUUCUUCUAUUUAAAUAAAUCAGUGCUUGUUAUGUCUU